AUGGCAUCCGCACGAGUGCUGAUCCUCGCCGCGGCUUUCCUGGGCUGUCUCCUCGCCGGUCCCACGGACGGCUGGCUGAGGCGACGCCGCCGACGUGCCCCUGCCCCGGUCUGCCCGCCCCCUACCACGGCGCUGGCCGGCGCCCAGACGACCUGGGACGGAGCGUUCACCGUGCAGUGCCCCCUGACCAGAGCCAUCUCCCGCGUCCAGAGUGCACAUUGCAACGUGGCCGAGGACCGGGUCUGGCGGUUCGAGUGCAGGGUAGCGCCCGGGCUGUUUUUCUUCCAUCACUACUGGAGCCCCUGGGUGAACGACUUCGACGCGAACAUGGGGUACACCUGUCCCUUCAGCAGCGUCGUUACCGGCUUCCACAGCCUGCACUCCAACGCACAUCAGGACCGUCGCUGGAGGGUGAAGUGCUCCCGUAAGCCCGGCAUGUUAGCCCACAGCUGCCGCACCACCGACUUCGUCAACAACUGGGACGCCGCCAUGGACUACGUGGUGCCGCCGGCGUACUACAUCAAGGGUAUCCACGGGCACCAGGACAACAGAUAUGGAGAUCGCCGUUACCGCUUCACCAUUUGCCGGGUCAGGCCGUGACGUCACAGAGUC